AUGUUGGCCCUUGCAGUCCGGUUGGCGACGUUUGCACAACUUGCGCAUGCUGUCGCGGGCAGUGUAUGGAGGAAUGAUUUCUGUCCCGAGUUCGAAAAAGUCCAAGCGGGAACAUUGCAAAUUGAGAAAGCCCUUGUCGGAAAGCAUCUUACGUUCGUUGUGCCCACCUUCGACAUGACUGAUCCGACUUCAAGCCACUGGAAUGAUGGACAGCCGGUUGGACCUCCAGAAAAUGACAUGGAUAUCACCCACAAGGUACACGGAUACCACGCAUCGAUUCUGAAAGCAGUUUCCAAGGUCGCGAACUUCACAUACACCAUUCGCCUCAACACGGUUCCGGGUGCUUCAACCACCACAUGGCUGUUGCAACAGUCUCCGAACUAUGAUGCCGUCCUCGGCUCCUGGUCGGACAGCCUUGUGCGCCGUGAAGCUGGCUUCCUGCAGCCGUACCCGCUCGUCACAAAGGAUUUGAAGAUGAUCGUGCAGAGGAAGAUUGACAGCCCGUCGGUAUGGUCAGUCAUGUUCACCUUCCUGAAGCCCUUCUCAACAAGCCUCUGGCUGCUGCUCUUCGUAUGCUCCCUAGUGACAGCCGCGUUCAUGUGGUUUUUUGAGACGUCCCGGGUCUCCAUCGAGGAGGGUGGUGAAGUGGAGGUGUCGGAUGGUUCGGAGGGUGCACUGAAGUCGGUGUGGCUCUCUGGCCUCCAGUUCACGGGGGGUGGGGGCUACACCCCUGUGACGGCGUGGGGUCGGCUGCUCCUGCUGUCUUGGAGCUUCCUCAUCAUGGUGGUUGGGGCCGCUUAUACGGCCAAUUUGGCCACCUUCCUCAUCGUGCACCAGACCGCGUCGACAAGCCUCUCGUCGUUCGAGGAGGCCAAGCAGCAGAACGCCAAGGUUUGCGCACGAAUGGAGUGGUCCAUAGGCGAGUUCCUGAGGGAGAUCGCGGAAGGAAAAGUCCGCUUCGUGGAUGUGAGCCCCAAACAUGCCGACGGAAUCCGCGAGUUCCUGGACGACGGGAAGCUCGGCGAGGACCGUAGGAAGUGCGAAGCCUAUGUCAGCUACCAAGACAUUGGGAAGCUGUACUUGAACGAAAAAGCCUUCAACGAUGCCUGCAAGUACGACUUCGUCGGUCCGAGCAUCAAACCGCUGACGGGAGGAUGGCCCAUCUCCAUCAUUCAGCACGGUUGUCCCCAGCUUCUGCUGACUUCCUUGUCCGUUGCAUUGAAGUACCUGGACAAGGAGGGUACGGUGAAGCGCAUUUGGAGCGACUUCGCGUCAAGCAGGGCAGACAUGGACCAGUCAUGCAGUGUUCCAGAGGUUUCAGACAGUGCUUCGAUGGGUGUUUACGACAUGGCCGGCGUUCUCUCGCUGCACGCUUUGUGUCUGAUCCUGGCCCUAGCAUUUUGGGCCUUUUGCAAGACACAGCCACUUCGCGAAAGUAUGGAUGAGCGGACGACAUUCAAAGCAUGCUGGUACGAAGGUGGUGACGAAGAGUCAGUGUCACAGAGUGCCGAUGAGACGAAGGUCACACAGAAUGAGGUCGACAAAGCCUGUGACGAAGCCAUGCAAGCUCUGCAGCGCUGGAGACAGGUCAGACAAUCCUAUCAGGAUGCCUGA